CAGAAAUAAACAAAACACUUGACCGAGGGGUGAUUCAACGAUUUUUUGGGAGAGGAAAGCUUUCUCGCAUAGAGCUGCCCGAUAUCGCGUCGUGUGAGAAAAAGAAGCGCUGAAAGCUGUCACGAAUCAAAACAAAACAGUGGUGAUUUGUUUUCAGAAAGAUCGUGAAUUCUGAUCAGCUUUCCGUGAAAUUUGGAAAAGAUUAUAUCCUGAUUGUGCUGCAAAAAUGCCUCCAAAGUUGAAAUUUACCGAAGGUGAGAAGGUUCUCUGCUUUCAUGGGCCGCUAAUCUACGAAGCCAAAAUGCUGAAAAGUAUGGUCAUGAAGGACAAGCAAGUUAAAUAUUUCAUUCAUUACGCCGGUUGGAAUAAAAAUUGGGACGAGUGGGUACCGGAGAAUCGCGUUUUGAAAUACAACGAGGCCAAUGUUCAGCGCCAGAAGGAAGUUACCAAGCUGCACUCAUCGCUGGCGGCAAAAAAUAAAAAGGCCAACGUAAAGGCUAAGAAAGCAGAUACCAGCACUGGAGGUUCUUCGAGCAAAGACAGCGAUUCGCGAGCGUCGACUCCCUCCAAAGAAAUUGCCAAGGAAAAGGAACCACUUACCACGGCAACUCCCGGAACGGUAACUCCGACUGUAUCUGGAUCGAGUACCACUUCAAGCACAGCGUCCACUAGUCGUGGUAGAUCUUCGACUAAGGCGAGCACGACUCCAGCUGUUCCGGCUAAGGAUAAGUCGGAAGAGAAAGAAACGCCGGCCACAGAGAAACGCAAAUCGGAGGACGGUGGGGAAGGACCAGCCUCCUCCCGGAAGAAACGCGGUCGAAGUGAUACCACUUCCUCUAACGUGGAAUCCGAAGACCAGUUCGUUUCCAAAGUGGAAGUAAAAAUCAAAAUCCCCGAUGAGUUGAAGCCAUGGCUGGUGGACGAUUGGGAUGCAAUUUCCAGACAGAAUAAGCUAGUUGAGUUGCCCUGUAAAACGACCGUCCACGAAAUUGUAGACAACUACGUUCAGUACAAAAAGUCCAGCAAAGCUUCAACGGCCACGAAAGAAAACGCCGUACAAGACAUAGCCAACGGUAUCAUCGAGUAUUUCAACGUCAUGCUCGGAUCGCAGCUGUUGUACAAAUUCGAACGUCCGCAGUAUGCCGAGAUGAUUCAGAACCACCCAGGAGUUCCGAUGGCCAAGAUCUACGGGGCUUUCCACCUGCUGCGUCUGUUCGUGAAGCUCGGUUCGAUGUUGGCGUUCACGGCAUUGGACGAGAAGGCCGUCCAGACGCUGAUCGGACACAUUCAGGACUUCCUGAAGUAUUUGGUCAAGAACAGCGCAACGCUGUUCAACAUGCAACAGUACGUCAACACCAGUCCGGAGUACCACCGGAAGGCGCAAUGAUUUGGAAUGAAUUUGCUGCGGCGCCGGUUCGAAUUGGAUGAAUGAAUUUUAUGUAUUAAGAAUAUCGACUUUCUUAUGUUAAGAUCAAGACUGUGUAGUACUGUUUAGCAUUAACACAUCAAUGUCAAAUUUUAUUUUGAGCUACAAAAUAUAAUAUGGGAUAUUGAA